AUGGCUAUGACUGCCUCUACCUCAAUAACAACCGGCUCGCUGGAACCCACUUCAACCUACCAGUACGACUCCAUUCUGGGUAGCAGCACAUCCUCUAGCACGGCUGCUUCGGAGACCGGCUCCGAAUAUCCAGUGUUCCCAAACGGCGCCUAUAUCUCCAGGUUCUAUGUUGUCUCAUCCGGGGAGUCUGGUCUCACCGACCUUGACAUUGAUCUCUACAACGAAUGCUACCUGCCGUAUAACCCGUUGCCACACCACAAUUUCCGCAGGGAUGACACGGCUAAAACCAUCUCCUCUAAGCCAACCUAUCUAAUCGACGAGGCUCCGUGUAAACGACAAGCGGCGAUUAAUUCUAAUUGCUACUUCCAAAAUACCAACGGCACAUUUUCAGGCCUUCAAUUGUAUUCGGGUGAUUGGGACGUCCAGCAGCAAUGCUAUUGUGACAUAUAUCCCUUCUUUGACUCGGCAGCCGGUUGCCAGGAAUGCUUUAGAAAACAUGGAGGCAUUGAGGGUGAGUCUUUCCCAUAG